AUGGACAAAACCGACGCGGCACCGGCAGCGAUUAGUGAAACAAACCCACGGAAUCCGACUGAGAUUCUUCCGGAAUCAAUCCCUCCCGAGAUGCCUAGCCAAGCAGGUCUGGACCUUGUUGCAGCACAGCCUCUGGAAGAGAACGAAGGGGAUGACGAUGACUCGGCGCUAGGGCAAGACUUUGCAAGCUCGACUGCUUCCCUUACCUCAAGUAUUCUCGAAUAUCGAAAGUUUCAGGGUCGGACUUUUAAUAGCGACAAGUACGAGACUGAAUAUUUCGCACCAAAUGAUGAGAGGCAGAAGGAUUCCAUUGACAUCUCCGACUUUGCCGACCAAUAUCCCAACGCCGAGGUCAUUGGAACAGAUCUUUCCCCAAUUCAACCUGAUUGGGUACCACCAAAUGUCCGAUUUGAACUCGAGGACGCAACUAGUAACUGGACUUGGUCCAACGACUACUUUGACUUUAUUCAUAUGCGCUACUUGAUUGGCGCUAUCGGUGAUUGGGGCGCGUUGUUCAAAGAAGCAUUCCGCAGUUGCAAGCCUGGAGGCUUCGUCGAAUCUGUCGAGGUCAAUCCGACUUUCCUCAGUGACGAUGAGACAGCUACCGAUGUGAAGGCAGUGCAGACAUGGAAUAAGCUUUUCAGAGAGGCGAGCAAAGCUUUUGGUCGUAGCUUUUGCGAGAUUGAAGGGGACGCAGAGCUUCUGGCUGCAGCUGGAUUUGUAGACGUGCAAGUUAGUGACUUCAAGGUUCCUGUCGGCGGAUGGGCCAAGGACUCCAAGUUACGUCAAGUCGGCCAGUUCCUUCGCGCAACGAUGGAAAACGAUCUUGAAGGAUAUACGAUUAUGGCUUGGCAUCAGAUAUUGGGGUGGCCGAAAGAUGAAUAUCAGUUAUUUCUGAUGGACAUGCGAAAGGCUCUCAGAGAUAAGAAACCACAGGCGUCCUUCCAGCUGAACUUUCCCACCUCAUCUAUUGGACGAGGUCGCUACAGCGGCGCUAAGAAUUUGGUCAAGACUCAGAACAGCACUUAUUAUCACACUCAGGAUCAGCAUACAUUUCUCAAUGAAUCCAUUCUACCAAGCCUAUUAUCCGGCAAUCGCUUUCAGAGCUCAUUUGACACUAAUCCGGUCCAAUACAUCCGACCUAGUCGAACUCGUCUCGCAAGCAUGUCGGAGGCAUCGGAGACUCCGCUGGCUCAGCCAUAUCCUGGACCUCCGCUGCCGAGUUCGUCACACAUUCGCCUCAUCCACCUGCUGCCCGGAACCGACACAGCAGCUGUCUGCUGUGAGCUAAUCACGGUUUCUAUUAACGCCGCACCAAGAUAUGAGGCUUUGUCGUACACGUGGGGUGAUCCCUCGAUUACAGAAAGCAUCACCAUGACCACGCAAGGCUUCGAGGUUACGCAGCCAUUCUCGGUAACUUCUAACUGUUUCUCUGCCCUAAAACGUCUUCGGUAUAAAGAAGAGACUCGGAUUCUCUGGAUUGACGCCUUGGCUAUUAAUCAAUCCAAUGUUGAUGAAAGAAAUCACCAAGUCAGCCUCAUGUCAAGGAUAUACUCCCAAGCUGCAGUUGUAGUUGUUUAUCUCGGUGACGCAGCAGACAACAGCGACCUGGCCAUCGAUUUCAUCAUGAAUUGUUAUGAUCCUUCUCCCAAUACUACAUCGUUGAGUUUCCCAAAAUCUGACAUCUUGAUGCAAGCCCUUCGAAAUCUCUUUCUGAGACCUUGGUUCACAAGAGUCUGGGUGAUUCAAGAAGUCUUUCUAUCAACUGAGAAGACCAUAUACUGCGGAGACAAAGAACUCUGUUGGUCCGCCAUGGAAAACUUCAAGCAUUACCUCGUGAACACGAGAAUGCAAUUUCGACUGCCCUACGUGGUCUCAAUGUCAAACCGCCGUUUCGAAGAGGAGACCACGGAAGAACUACUGUUGAAAACUCUCCUUGAUUCCCGACACUGUCAAGCAAGCGAUCCGCGCGAUAAAGUGUACAGCCUACUACCGAUACUGCAGUCUCAUAUCAAGUCAUUGGACUUGAUACCAAAGUACCAGGAUGGACUAGACAAGAUCUACACGGAUUGUGCUGUGUCUCUGUUGACAAGUUGCGGCUGGAACCUUGUGUAUGCUGUACAGGGCCAAUCAAGUAUAGAGGCCUUACCGUCUUGGGUUCCAGAUUGGAACGUCACGCCUCAACGGUAUAUUAUCGGUACAGCCCCCUGGAUGGAAAUGAGCUAUUUUUGGAUAGACAAGGCACUCCCAGGGAUUCCAGAUAAACCUCAGAUCAUGAUGCGCCACUCGAAUGAUGGACAAAUGCUCGUGCUGAGAGGAUACGGAUAUCCAGGCGGAAGAGUUGUGAGAAUGGGAUCAACUUACAUCGCGGGUAAAAAUCCUUUCCCCGCUAAAGAGUGGUAUACCAUCGUGCAUAAGAACGGCGCAGCCAAUAACUCUGGAUCCACCUCAUCAAGCGUAAAGCUCCCUCACCGGACAGAAUCCUUGUUCAAGUUCCUUCGACUUGCCCACUACUUGUACUCGUCAAGCAUGGAAGAUAAAGAAGGAGACCCUGUAAACGAGCUGCCGGAACCAGAUUUUAUCAUAGGAGGCUCACGAACAUCUUAUCGAGAUUACAAGUUUGGUUCGAGAUGGGAACAUACUGUAAAGAAAUUGGCUUCUGAGAGGAAAGAUGGCGUGCUGCCGUUCAGGGACAUACCCUUUCAUUAUGCGGCGGAGGGUUGGCCACCGAGUUAUGGCAAUACUAUUAGUGGGAACUUGGAGGCUUGUCAUCUACGUCGGUGCUUUGUUACAGACACUGGAUAUUUUGGAAUUGCACCUGCAGAAACGCAGAUCGGGGACCAGGUCUUCAUUUGUGUUGGAGCUUCAGUUCCGUUUGUUCUGCGGGGCAUUCAUAGCAGUGGAGGUGAUGAGUUUCGCAUGGUAGGGGAGGGCUAUCUAGAAGUCGGCGGGUGGCAUGGAAUGAUCACGAAAGAGGGUCAACCUCAACCUCUGUACAUUGUAUGA